AUGUCAGAUUUAGAAAAAAGAGAGUAUGCAGUAAAUAUUUUUGAAGCAACACUCAAUUAACUUAUCAGUAAAUUCGAAGAUUCAUAACCAUAAUCAUAACACCCAUAGCAAGAAUUCAAUUAUUCUCUGUAUGGCUCUACAGAAAUUCCCUAGUAAGAAAACUUUUUAAAUUCUACCACAGACCUCUUAACCGGUUAUAUUAUGUCAUUAUAGGAACUAAAAAAAUGUUUUGAUAAAAAUAAAUCCUUAUUACUCAAUGUGCCAUCAGGAGGAAAGGAACUAUAAUAACAUUUAAGCAGCAUAAUACAAUUACAAAAAAGUUCAAUUUUUAUCAGUUAUACAGACAUUUCCAAACAAAAAUUAAAUGACUUUAUUAAUUACUAUCCUUAAUAGAUUGCUAAGCUUUGUCCUAAGCAUAAUUAAAAGACUGAAUUAAUUGAUAUUUCAAAUGACUUAAAUAUUGUAGAUAGAAGAGUAUGCUAUUAGUGUGAUAACACAAAGAUUCGUUUAUCAGUUCUAUUGAAUGAAUAUUUAAUGAAAUUUUUUUAAUUCAAAAAUACCUCAGAAUAAAAGAGAGCUGAAAUUAAAGCAAAUAUUUAAAUUCUUAUAGAUAAAAUCGGAAUCUAAUAAAACAUAGAAAAUUUCUACAUCGAUCUGGAACAAAGAUUUAAAAAAAGAAUCGAUAUUAUUGAUAAAAUUCUAAAUGCUGCAAAAAUGGAUGAUGAUUUUUUAGAUUUAUCAGAUAUUGCAAAAGAUUUUAUCAACACUUAAGAUAAUUUUUAAAAAUUUGAAGAAAAAUUUAUUACAAAUGUAAAUGAAAAUAUGAGAUAAGACUUAAUUAUAGCGAAAGAUCAUUUGGAGAAUUAGAUUAAGAAGUUGAGUGGAGAACAAUUAUCAUUAAUUUAAUCAUCAAAAAUUCAAAAGGAAACAAUUUAUAAAAGUAUAAGUGAGGAAUCAUAAACUUAAAAAUGUUAAGCCUUAUGCUUUAAUUAUAAUGAUAAUCUAAUUGCCACUGCAAAACAUAAUGUGAUAAUAAUUUGGGACUUUGUAGGCGGCAAAAUGAAUUUUAGUACUGAAUUGAAAGGACAUAAUGGUGAAAUAAGUUGUCUACUUUUUGAUAAGGAUUCAAAUUCCCUUAUAUCUGGAGGAGGAGAUGCUGAUUGUAUAAUCAAUCUAUGGGUGUGCACUGAAUACUAAAAAUGGAAAUUAUAGAAAACCUAUUAAUAGGAAGGAGGGAUAAAAGUUAUGCUAUUUAAUAAGUAAGGAGAUUAAUUAAUUAUUGGAUCUUAAAAAGGGUAAAUUAAAAUUUUUAAAACCGACUCACUAGAAUUAAUUAAAGAAUAUAAAGACGAUCAAAAUAAAUAACCCAUAUUCGGACUUAGUCUCAAUGAUGAUUAAAAUUAUUUAGUGCAAUGUGGAAUGGAUGAGUCCUUAAGAUUGUAUUAAUUUGGUUAAGAAUUAAAACUUAUAUUCAAAUAAAAAUGUAAAGGUUUUGGAAUGAGGAUCAAAUUUAUUGACAAUUCAUCUUUUGUAUUCAUUCAAAAGGAUGGUAAUUUAAUUUAUUGUAAAAUUGAAUGGAAUAAAGUUAUUGAAAUUUAAUAAUUUCGCUUAUCGUCAGAAAAAGAGGAUGUUUCGUAUACUCCUAUUUGGUAUGAUUCAAUAAGUAAAUUAUUAAUAGUUAAAUAUAACAAAUCAAUUUUCUUUCUAAAAUUAGUUGAUGGAAGAUUUUAAAAAAUAGAUCAAUUAGAAUCCAAAUAUUAUUAAUUAUUUGCCACCGUAUCGAAUAGUGGAAAGUAUUUGAUCACCUGGAUAGGUAAAGGAAAAUAAUAAUAUCAAGGUGAAAGGCACGAUCUCUAUCAAAUAUAUGAAUUAAAUUAUUAAUGA